GUGUGUGUGUGUGUGUGUGUGUGUGUGUGUGUGCUUAUCCCCUAUCCUAUCCUCUGGCUUACUCAGACGCUGUGGGUCACGACACAAUCUGCUCCUCCAGUGUGCGAGCGAUGCCGGCGUCAGCGCCAGGACUCCCUUCACUACGGCUCCUUGUGGUCCUCGCUGCCGCGUCUGUCGCUCCUUCGGCGUCGGCUGAAGACAUGGACUGCAGCCGGUCUGCGAGCUACCUCGACUACGUCCUCCACGGGGGCGAGCGAACCGCUACCUUCUUCGUCAGCGGCAGGGACGAGGGCCUGGAGGCGGUGCGGAUUCGUGUCUAUGACUACGACAACCACUGGGAUUUCGCGCUCAAGCCGUCUCACUUCCGCCACGACCUCCGGUGGGAGGAAUGGUACAACGUCACAGUAGCUCAAGAGGAGGAGCGCCUGGAGGUAUUUGUCAACGGCAGAAUCGCCACCUACCAACAGGCAGUAGACAGCACAAAAAUUACUCAUAUAACAGUGAUCCUUAAAGGCGAAGGCAACCUGACAUGGUGUGAUCCACGUGGAGACUAUACGAGACUGCAAAUUGCCCUCAUUGCUUCUGGUGUUGCAGCGGCAGUGUUGUUGCUGAUGUUGGUGUUACUUUGGUGCUGGUGCAAGCGACGUCGAUCGCUGUAGCUCCGAACACACACAUACACACACACACACACACACACACACACACACACACACACA